UCCAAAAUAUUCUUGGAAGUAUGCUUUAGCUGUCAAUGUGCGGAAGAAAGAAUGUUCGUGCAGACUGGUACUGCAAUGCAAACACUUUUGGAGUCUUCUGUUCGUGGAUUUCAACGAAGUCACUCACUUCUAUUGUUACCUCCGAACCUCGAUUCUUCCUAUGUUUUGCUCCUUCAACUUCAAGCCUCUACCCCUCUCUGGACCAUCUUCAACCUCUUUCAUAGCCUCUGCCAUUGUAAGUUAAGGCUUCACUGUAGAAGAAUACACAUUAGUCCGUUGGUACCUUAGAAUGCCUCACCGACCACUACAAGGUAAUGGGUAACUAUUAAUUUCCUGUUAAUGUAUACAUCCGUUUUUAUUAUCAAAUUGCUUUUAUUUUUUCUUUUGUUCUUUCAGAGAUUUGAUCAAACAUCUACAUUUGGAGUGGUGAACUGCAGAGCGGCUACUAAAAUCCACGACUGAAACUCCAACGUGAUCUUUGAUAAGAUAAUGAGUUCUGCAUCUCAGUCAAUCUUCUUCUUUUUCCUUGGAGGAAUAAUCAUGCUUAUAAUAGUGGUUAUUCUGGCAUUAGUCUUUUGGAGAAUUAUCAAACCAACAGACUUGAAGAAGUUCGUCAAGCGAGCCAAAGGACACCCAGGUUUGUCCACAGAUUUGUUUAGUAGGAACCUUCGAAGAAUUAGCUUAUUUGAUUUCCAAACAUUGAAGAAAGCAACCAAAAAUUUUCAUCCCGGCAAUCUCCUUGGAAGAGGUGGAUUUGGACCUGUGUUUCAGGGAAAGUUAGGUGAUGGGAGGUUGAUUGCUGUUAAGAAAUUGUCUCUUAACAAAUCCCAACAAGGAGAAUCAGAAUUUCUUGCCGAAGUGAGAAUGAUCACUAGCAUUCAGCACAAAAACUUAGUUCAUUUACUUGGAUGUUGCUCAGAUGGGCCUCAAAGGUUACUUGUGUACGAGUACAUGGAAAACAAGAGCUUGGACCUUAUAAUAUAUGGAAAAAGUGACCAGUUCCUGAACUGGAGCAUAAGGUAUCAAAUAAUUAUAGGGGUUGCUAAAGGGUUGCAGUACUUACAUGAGGACUCUCCUUUACGAAUUAUCCACAGAGACAUUAAAGCGAGCAACGUUCUUCUUGAUGACAAAUUUCAACCUAGGAUUGGAGAUUUUGGGCUGGCUAGGUUUUUUCCAGAAGACGAAGCUUACCUUAGCACUACUUAUGCUGGAACUUUGGGUUAUUCAGCACCUGAAUAUGCAAUUCGAGGAGAGUUGUCUGAGAAGGCAGAUAUAUAUAGUUUUGGAGUUCUUGUGCUUGAAAUCAUUAGCUGUAGGAAAAAUACUGAUCUGAAACUGCCAUCUGAAAUGCAUUACCUCCCUGAAUAUGCAUGGAGGCUAUAUGAGACAUCGAAGGUGCUCGAGCUCAUAGAUCCAAGAAUGAGAGAAGAUGGAUUUUUGGAGAAGGAUGUUUUGCAAGCAAUAAAUGUAGCUUUCUUGUGUCUCCAACCUGAUCCAGAACAUAGACCUCCCAUGUCACAUAUUGUGACCAUGUUGACAUGCAAUGUGAAUAUGGUUGGGACACCUUUGAAACCCGCCUUCUUGGACCGAAAACGAAGGAAGGAUGAUAACCCUUCUUGUGAAACUCUUUCUGAGCCUUUUCCAUCUUCCCUUCAGACUGAGUCCUUCUCACCAAACCCACCAAACUAAGUCAUGAGUAGUCUUUCAAACAAUGAAAAAAAUGAUUUAUGUGAUGUCUUAAUAUCUUUUAGUACAGAUUUGUUUUCACUUUUGUUAAUUGUUUUCUAUUUUAUUUUUUUAGAAAAUCACGAAAAAGGAUGUUAUAGGUACCAAAUUACUUGGUAGUUGCAGCACAAGGUCUUAGUCUUUGAGUGCAAAGCAAAGGUUAAACCGUUAAAAGUACAUUUUGGAUAAACUGUAAAAAAAUUAUUUGAAGUAUAUAAAUAUUGUAUCAUUACGUUCCGAA